GUUUCAGUUCUCAGAGAUGAAUUCAAAGUCAUGCCAGCUGAUACUCACGUGGCAGCAGGAGAAACUGCUCUUCUGCAAUGCGGAGCUCCUCGAGGUCAUCCCGAACCAAACCUCGUUUGGAAAAAGGACGGUAAGGACAUGGAUGUUGAUGGCAGAAGGAUACGUGUUGUAGAUGGAGGUAACUUAGUUAUUUCUGAUGUCAGACAACACGACGAGGGACGGUACCAAUGCGUGGCACACAAUUUGGUUGGUUCCAGGGAGACACCGCCUGCAACUUUGAAAGUACAUGUAAAACCAGUUUUUAACAAAGAACCCCAAGACAUUGUCGCUCUGACUGGCCAAAAAGUGGUUUUCGAAUGUUCAGUCGAGGGGGAUCCGACGCCGAAUGUCCUGUGGCGUCGAGAGGAUGGAAAAAUGCCCAUAGGCAGGGCCAGGAUUAUGGAUGACAAAUCUUUGCUUAUCGACAACGUCCAAACUACGGACGAGGGGCUUUAUAUCUGCGAUGCGGAGAAUUUAGUUGGCACCAUUUCUGCCAGAGCUUCUCUUGUUGUCAACUCACCGCCAACGUUCAUAGAGCGACCCAAGGACCAAAAAGUCAGUCUAAACGGCGUAGUAGAAUUCCACUGUUCUGCUACAGGAAAUCCGCCACCCUCAGUAUUCUGGAGCAAGGAAGGAUCUCAAAUUCUAAUGUUCUCAGACAAUUCAAACGGUCACAUGCAUGUUAAUGCCCACGGGACUCUGAGAAUACAAGGUGUUCAACGAGAGGAUGCUGGAUUUCUUGUGUGUAAUGCUUUGAGUGUUGCUGGGUCCAAUAGUGUCAGAGCUUUUCUCCAGGUGACUUCCGUAGCUGAUUCGCCUCCACCUAUAAUUCAAAUAGGACCUGCCAAUCAGACGUUACCGCUACACAGUAUGGUAACUCUUCAUUGUAGAGCUUCAAGUCCAGAGGGUGAACCACCGAAAAUUCGUUGGCUGAAAGAUGGAAAAACGCUUCAUUUUAAUCACCUGCCUGCAAGAUUCAGUAUGAGCAAUACUGGAACCUUAGAUAUUGAUGAUUUAAUAUCAGAAGAUUCAGGAUUAUACACAUGCUCAGCUACCUCAGAAAGUGGUGAAAGCUCCUGGUCAGCCUCUCUAAACGUAGUAAAAGGCACCUCAAUACCGUUACAUCGAAGUCCAGAUCCAUCUACGUUUCCGAAAGCUCCUAGUAUUCCAAGAAUCUUAAACAGCACCGAAUCAAGCAUAAGUAUAUCCUGGGACAGCGAAGAAGACGAAUCAAAAUUAGUUGGAUACACCGUUGAGUACUGGAGUCCCGAUUUACAAACUGGUUGGGUAAUAGCAGCUCAUAGGAUACAAACGCCUUACAUGGUAGUCCACGAGUUGAAACCUGAUAGUUCUUACGUUUUUAUUGUAAGAGCUGAGAAUGCCCAUGGAUUGUCUCCAGCUAGUCCUGUUUCUAAAAAUUCUAGAACGCUAGCGAAUACUAGAGCAUUACCGAGUUCAGAAUUAGAUACAGCUAGAGCUAUAUUAAGUACGAAGCUUAUUGAGUUAAAAGAAGCGAAAUCUCAGUCUUCCAGUUCUGUUAAACUUAUUUGGAAUUUUUCCGACAACGAUUACGUAGAAGGUCAUUACAUCCGAUUCCGAGAGCUUUCCGGUGGUUCCCAUAAUUACAAUAUAUUGACAGUUUUAGAUGUCGAAGCGAAAUCUUACAUUGUGACUAACUUGAAGAAGUUUACCAAAUACGAAUUUUUUAUAUCACCGUUUUACAAAUCUGUAGAAGGACAGCCGUCGAAUUCGAGAAUAGCACAGACUUUAGAGGAUGUUCCGUCUGCACCUCCGGAUAGUAUUACUGCUGGGGUUUUUAAUGAUACCGCUGGUUGGGUUAGAUGGUCGCCGCCACCACCGCAACAUUGCAAUGGAGUUAUUACUGGUUAUAAAAUACAGAUUAAGGGGAAUGUUAUUAGAUCGAUGACGAUGAACGCUACAACGACUUCUAUUUUAAUUAGUAAUUUAACAGCGGGUGGGAGUUAUACAGCGAAAGUUGCUGCACUUACUCUUGCUGGUCAAGGUCCUUACUCGAGUCCUGUACCGUUAUUAACGUCGCCGAGAGCGCAGAGUCCUAGAACGUUAGGACCGUUUGUACCGUUAGUUAGACAAACUUGGUUCGUUGUUCUUUUAGCAGUACUAGUACUACUUUUAUUAGGAGUUACUGGAGGAUUAUUAUAUCUAAAAAGAAGACAAUCUUUAACUAAACAGUUAGGACAUUUAAACGUUCCGGUAGUGAAUGCAUCGCAAUUGAACGCGAAAGAAAGUCUAUGGAUAGAUCGUGGUUGGAAAGCUACGGAUUGCGAUAAAGACUCUUCUAUACCUCUAGCCCAACCUGCGGAUUACGCUGAAGUCGAUACGAAGAAUUUAUCUACGUUCUAUAAUUGUAAAAAGAAUUUAGAAAGUCCAACUCCUUAUGCGACUACAAUGAUUCUACCGCCUCCGAAUUGGUCUGAAAUUAUUCCACCACCACCAGACCAUCCUCCACCGGAUUGCCCUCGCGAUAAUCCCCCAGUACCUCCUCCGAGAGGUAACGGUAGCACUUGUGGAAGUGCUGGGGGAUACGGAUGCUAUUCAGUCCACGUUCCAUCGCAAUGCGGUAAACUCCAACACGCCAGAGCUCGUUCUUGUAAUAACUGUGAUGCUCACUGUUCUUUAGCUAGUGGUAGUUCGGGUCAUAGGUCUACGAGUCGAGGCGGGUACUGCAAUAAUAUACCGCACAGUUGUGAUACUAAAAUUUGGUUCAAUCAGCACAAUUGGGACAACGACGAUGCCGAUUGUGAGACUGAUAGACAUUCUUGUACUAGUAGUCACGAUACGACUUGCUCUUGUAGUGAAUCGUCGUGUUUGUACGCCGAGGCUGGACCGUCUAAUAAUCCCAGACCUUUGGGACAUAACGUGCAUAUAGGUAAACGAGUGAAGUGAGGGUACGCCGAUUUUAGCGUUUAUUUUUAGUUCUUCGAGCAUAUCCGACGAGUGUAUAAAAAAAACCGCAUAUCAGUAACGUAUGCUUGAUUUCCUAGUCCUAGUAUUAGAUUGGUAUGCUCAGAAUAGUUUUGACGAACGUCUUCCUGUCCUGUUGGCUACGAUAUAUUUUAAUAAUGGGAAACUUAUUAAUUUAUUUGAUAGAAUAAACUGUUGUUUCUAAAUUAUGAAUGUACAGUGUUUCUCAAAAAGUUUGUAUGCAUAGAAAACUUUUUUAUUAUUGAUUUUCUUGAUAACUUUAACGUUAGAUAAGAAAUAGAAAAUCGGAAAUUUCAAUAUAACUUUUUUAUUCGGUUCAUUUAAAUUACAAAAGAUGCAAGUGGAUACCUUAGUAGUAAGUAACCCAGUGGCAGUCGCAACAUCUUCCUUCUUCAAUGGUACCUUCUUCUUAUCACCUUUAGGUGUUACUCCAAUACCUGCCAUGGCUAACGUAAUCUUCUCUUCAUUUUCUACUUCUUUUUUAAUGAAAUUCAACAAAUCAUCCAACUUAUCUUUGGGUCUAUCAGAAUGCGUAGUCAUCGAUCUUUGCCAAAUUCGUAACAAUUCCUCCGAUAAACAUGAUUCUACCAUAGGAUAUAAGAUUGAAGAAUAUUUCUCUGAUGUUAUCCCUAGAGAUUCCAAGGAUCUCAACUGGCAUUUCAGACUAUCAUACAAAGUAGAUAAGCAUACAUUUCGGGACACCACCAAUGUUAGAACGUCUCUUGUAUAAACUUCAAUUAAUAACUCUUCCUGACCAAAUCUACGUUUAAGGGCUUCUAUUACCUUAUUAUAAUUUUCUGCAAUAGAAGGGAAACUAUCAACAAUCACUCUUGCUCUAGAGCCUUCUUGUGUACUUUGUCUCAAAUAAUACAUUUUUUCUUCUUUAUCAAUAGUGGGAUCUUCAUGGAAUUUUUUAAAUAGACCCCAAAACUGCAACCAAUCCUUUAAUUCACCUCCAAACUUUUUAAAUUCUAGACGAGGCAUUCUAAAUUUACUUAUAAUAUUAUUUCGCGAGACUGACUGAUUGUCGAGCACCCUAUUUUCUGACAUUGAAGUCAACUUCUCGCUCACCAAAUUAUUUUUGGCUAUGUACUCAUCCACUAUGCUCAGUUCUCGACUCAAAUCUGACUCUGAUGUGUCAUCUUCUAACAUAAAAUCGAAUAUUUCUCUAUCCAUUACAGCAAUUUCUUCAUGUUUAGUAUUCAAACCUUUGACCAUUGCCUUCAACUCAUGUAAAGAACAUUUAUCCUCGGACAUCUUAUCAAUGAUUCUAUCAUAUUGGUCCAUGAAGCUUUUUCGAUAUACAUUUCGUGCUUUCUUUGCCUUGUCCAUUAUGUAUCUCACGUUAAGAAGAAAUAUGUCCUGUCACGGUCGCCAAAAAUUUAACGUUAGAUAAAUUAUCAAGGCUAAGAAAUAGAAAAUCGGAAAUUUCAAUAUAACUUUUU